CCAUCUCCCACCCACUGGCAGCCGUGUAAAACCAGGGUGUUUUAGGCAAAACAACACUGCUUGGACGCCAGGGCACCUGGGCGUGAUUCCUGCUGGCUUUGUUACAGCCUGGACACCACCGGUACCUUCGUCAGCCCCGUGAAGACGAGGGACAGGCGUCAGCCAUGCGGAUCCUGUACCUGCUCUUCCCCUUUGUCCUCCUGUUGGCCCAGGGUGCUGCAGGAUCUCCCUUGGACAUAAACAAUGAGAAAGAAUGUCAUCGUCAAAAAGGUUUCUGCUCAUUACUGAAUUGCAACUUCCCAUAUAUCAUCAGUGGAAAAUGUUCAAGGUUUUACUUCUGCUGCAAGAAGUAA